AACUUUGUUAGGUCAGGAAUAUUCCCGAAAUAUAGAAGGGUAGAGAUUUUUUGGACACUUACGGCAAAAUCCAGCAUUUUGGCUCCUUUCUUUUAGUAUUAUUUUCACUUCUUAUUGAAAUCAUGAAAGUUAAUGUUUCAACAACAACAAAAUCCAGAAAAUACACCCCAACUAUUUGUAUUUUAUAUAAUGUAUGUUCUCGCCUUAUUUCUAUAUAUGUAGUUGGCUGUCAAAACCUGGGCACACUGUACUAUGCAUCACCUUUCCAGGCAAGGCCGGUGUCACUGCUGUUACUGUUAGAGAAAGAUGGCUUUGCAAGACCAAGAAAUUGUUCUUGAAAUUAAGCAGGAGCCUUCGUGGCAAAGUGAGUACGGUUCCAAUCAAGAAGGGUAUGAGAUGGGUUUCAAGGAAGGAGAGGAAAGGUCCUCCAGGUCACCUGAUUCCCAAGGCACAGAAAACAUCGAGAUGGAAGAGCUCGACAAUGAAUCAGCGACCGUGGAAGAUCUCGGAGAAGAGUGGUGUGAGGACGAGACUGGUAACCUGUGUGAUCCCCUGUGUCACAUGAGCUCUGAUGUCCUGGGGUCACCUGAGUCGUCGGACGGAGGAGAUGCAGGGAGCUAUAGCUCAAAGAGAACUUUAGGUGAUGAGGGCGAGGUAUCCACAUCCCAGGGUGUUGAGAGGCAGAAUCCAGGUGUUACCCCAGGAACCUCAGGCAAGGAUGUUGAUAGCAGUGGCACCGAAGAGAACUCUAGCAGAGAAGGCUCGAGCGGGCAGAGUGGGAUGACUUCAGAACCGAAAGAUCCUCCAAUGAAACUCUAUACGAUGGAGUUAUGUAAAGUAUGCAAGAAGACGUUGUACAUUGCCGAUGAAGGGGAUGAGGAAGGCAACCUGAGGACCCCGUUGUGCGAUUCUUGCAGGAUACAGGACAGUACAGGAGACGGUGAUGAAGCGUUUAAUUGCGACGUUUGCUCGCAACGUUUUGCCCACUUUCGGGAACUUGCAACACACAUGCGGUCACACAGGACUGGUAAGUCGCACCAGUGUGAUGAAUGCUUGAAAUGUUUCUCUGAUCGCUCUGGUUUGCUUCGUCACCAGAAGAUUCAUUCAGGGCUGAAACCCCACCAAUGCGAAAUUUGCUCCAGGUGUUUCACCCUGGGUAAUGCCCUCAAGGUUCACAUGCGAACCCACAACAAGGACAAACCAUUCAACUGUGAACACUGCGAUAAAACCUUCGGACAGAGUGGACAUUUGCUGUCGCACAUGAAGGUCCAUAGUUCUGUUACGCCUUUUGGCUGCAAGCAUUGCUCUGCGUCAUUCCCUAAGCUGCACCUCCUCAAAGCGCAUCUCCGCAACCAUGGCGACGAGAGGCCGUUCAAGUGCGAUAUCUGCACCAAGGCCUUCACAAGGAAAUCCCACCUCAAGACGCAUCUGAAGACGCACGGCACAGAGCGACCACACGAAUGCGAGAUCUGCUCGAAGACCUUUGCCGAUCAGCGCUACCUCAAUAAGCACCUGAAAGUCCACAGUGGGAUCAAGCCGUAUCAGUGCGAGUACUGCGACCACAGGUUCUCACAGCAGUGCUAUCUGCAAACGCACCUCAUGAUCCACACAGGCACCAAGCCUUACGUCUGCCAUCUCUGUCCCAAGAGCUUCCGGCUCCAGGAGCACCUCAAGACCCACCUCCGUGUCCACAGCGGGAGCAAGCCGUUCGAGUGCGGGGUAUGCUCCAAGCGCUUCACCCGCAAGGACUCCCUUGGGAUACACAUGCGGAUCCACACGGGGGACUACCGCUACAAAUGCGAGGUCUGUUCCAAGGGAUUCACCGAUCCGAGCAGCUUCAGGGCUCACGUCCGGUCUCACUCCGGCAUACGCCCCUACUCUUGUGAGAUUUGCGGUAAGAGCUACACCCAGAACAGCUCCUUGAAGGUCCAUAUGCUGAGUCAUACGCAGCUGCAUGAGUUCAUGAAAAUGUCUACCGGAGCGACUUCUGCAAGGCAGCUUCCUGCCACCUUCCCCAAUAGUUCAGAAGAUACCCUGACAAACAGUGCAGAGGAUGUUAAUUGUGUUCCAUUAGAUUUGAGUAUAAAGCGGACAAACCCACAAGAGACAUUAGAGAAUGAGCAAGCGGUGGGGGAAGAGCCAUUAGUUGAAGAGCCAAGUAUGGGGGAAGAGCCAAGGGAGGAAGAGCCAUUAGUUGAAGAGCUGAGUAUGGGGGAAGAGCCAAGGGGGGAAGAGUCAAUGCAGGGAGGUCUAUUGAUGAGGGAAGAGCCAUCAGAAGGAGAGCUAGAAGGGGAGGAAGAGCGAUUUGGGGAACAGCCAGGGGAGUAUGAUUCAUUAGAUGAAGAGUUGUGGGUGGCGGGGAAGCCAAUAAAGGAAGAGCCUUUAGAGGAGGAGCAAGAGAGGGAGGAAAAUAUAGGGCUGUGGGAAGAGGCAUUAGUGGAAGGGCCAGAAGGGGAGGAAGAGCCAUUAGUUGAAGAGCCAUUAGUUGAAGAGCCAUUAGAGGAAGAGCCAUUAGAAGAAGAGCCAGAGGGGGAGGAAGAGCCAUUAGUUGAAGAGCCAGAGGAGGAGGAAUCGCCGGAGGACUCGGCAGCAUGGAUUCCUGUUUAGAACCAGCCUUAAACAGAAACUUAAGAGGGUGGUUGAAAAUAUACAUGGAAAGAGCAACAUUCAAGCUAGGUAAUAACUUCCUUACAAUUGUACAACUCACAUAUAAGGAUAUAAGGAGGAUAUUUAAUCUGUCAUUAUCAAGCAAAAGUUUUACCUCGUAACAUGAAACUUGCAAAGGAUUUCCUGAUAUACAAAUAUGAAGAUACAUCAUUAUUAAAGGACUACCGACCAAUUUGUUUACUCUUAAGUAUAUAAAAAGCUCUAGAACGCAUUGUAUAUAAUGGACUCUAUAAAUACUUUGGAUAAUAUAUACAUUGUACUGGCUUUAUAUCAAUAUGAUUUCAGCAAAAAUCACUCCAUGGAGAAGGCCCUUAUUAAAUUAAGAUAAUAUUGUAACCUUUGUAUCGAAUGAGGACCAAGUUCUUGUUAUGGACCUCAGUAAGGCCUUGGAUAUGCUCGAUCAUAAAAUUCUUUGGGAUGAAAUAAAAAUGAAUGGCAUCAGAGGAGUUGCUCUCAACCGGUUUCAAACUUAUCUAACUUAUCAACAACACUUUACUACUUUUCACAAUAUAAAUUCUGAUGUAUUACCAAUACAAUGUGGUGUCCCUCAAGGGAGCAUCCUAGGCCCCCUUUUAUAUUUGCUAUACAUCAAUGAAAUUUGUGAAGCCUCCUCUUUACUUAAAGAGGAAGUCCAGCAUGAUAUUAAGUCAGGUUUUUUAUAAAUCUUUUAUUUGCUGAAAUCAGACAAGUAUUAUCAUUCAAACUGCUUGCCCGAAACAUAGUUUAACUUUCCCUUGCCACUUGAGAAGUUGUUUUGUCGAAAUCUGAAAGAUCACAUGGAAGAAUGCUCUUCACAGUAUUUGUUGUUUUAUUGAAUUGAAAGAUAAUAUUUUUAGUAAUGAUUUAGCAGAAAAAUUAUUGAAAUUUGUGAUAUUACAAGUCAAAGUAGAGACAUGCUUAAUCAUGCUUUGUAACUUAUUGUGUCAGGUUUACAUUCAAAUUAAGUGGAUUAUCACAACUCUAAUAGUAGGCCUAAUCCGCAAUGUCCUUGAUAAUGACAGUAAUGUUGAUUUGUAGUGUGAAUUUGCCAUUGACUAUAUAUGUUGAGUAAACAGUUACUAUCAAUUGAUUCAUCUCAAACUCUUCUGAAGAUAUAAUUUCUAAGAAAUUAUAAGUAAUUCACUAUACAUCUCAAUUUAUUCAAUUGCAAUUACAAUACUAUCUUUCCUUAAUUUUGAUAGUUAUCAUAGGUUUAGAAACAAAUUGUUAUCAAGUAGUAACACUGAGGUGAAUAUGGACAAAAUUUGAAGUUUCAGAAUGAUACAGGCUCUUUUUUUCAACUUUCAUUCAUGAUAAACUGAAAGAUGCAAAGGAAAAAUCAUGUAAAUAAAUCAAAACUUUUUUCCCAAUUUGCUUUGUUUAAUGUUACUACCUAUGACAAAUUUGGUAAUUUGGUAAUUGGUACAUGUAUAUGGGUCUUGAUAUAAGUGGCAUUGAGAAGCUCAAAUUGGUUCUGUUUAUGAUCAUGCAAUUUCAAAUAUGUUACAGCUCAUAUGUUUUAUAUAUUUGUAUGGUAUUUGUAUUUCUUACUAUUUUAACUAUUUAUUGAUAGGUUUAUAUACAAACUCUUGAUCACCGUUGUAUUAUAUACAUCGUGUAUUGAACAUUUUUUGCUUGCCAUGCUCGUUUAUGAGAUGCAAUCUUUACAUGAUUAUUUAGGAAUCUAAGAUAUUUUCUUAUAUUUCCAGUUUUAAGCUAUAAUCUUUAUAUUAUUUCGUAUUCGUAUUUUUUUUCCUCUUUUACAUAUUCUUCUUUAACAACAUUCUCUGUCUCUUUUUGUUUUGCAUUUCCUCUGCUUUUUUUCCCUCCUUUUAACACAAACCUUGUCUAUCCAUUUAUCUUUAUUUCAGAUAUUGAUUAGGAAAUCAAGAAUUUAACUUUUGUUGGUAGGAAUCAUGUCUCGUAAAGUAUCAUUUAAGUGGCCCAAAUACAUGUGGAGCUUAAUACUUUAUUGUGGGGCACGUUGUAACUAUAAGUAAAAGGUGCUAUAGGAAAUACAUUUUAAACGUAUUUUUAAAAAAUAAUCAUGUAGAUUAAACAAUAGUGAAGUAAAACGGAUAAUGUAGUUAAACCACAUAAAAAUGAGUAGAUGCGAUGGUUUAGUGGUAGAGCAGUGGUCUUAUAAUCGGGAGGUCCAGGGUUCAAAAUGAAGUUGAUGUGCUAGUGCUCUUUGGUAAGGCUUUAAUCUUCAUUACCAAGUCACUCAGAGAGGACUUAAAAGUGUUGGUCCCCUGGUUGCUUAUUUACAAGAUCACAAGACUUUUUUUUUAAAUCCACGUGUCGCAAUUUUAAAAGCAGUGUGUGUCACCUAUUGAAGCAUUUGGUCAUUACAAUGAUACUAUUUAGACUGCACAUGGUUUCCAUAGGCUACACAAUAAGGUAAUUAAAUUCAUUUUUGUCGAUUUGUUGAAAGUCUGCGGUGGAAUUUAAUGUAUUUUAUUGCACCAAUUACCAAGGUAAUUAACUUCCAUUUAGUUUAUUUCUUAAAAGUCUGCGGUGGUGUUGAAUGUAUUAUAUUGCACCCAUUACCAAAGUGUGCUGAAUCCAACUUUUGAAUGUUUGUAUUGGCAUUACAAUUUUGUUUUAAAGUUGAACUUGUGGUAAAUAAGAAAAUGUAUACAAUUCAGACCAGUAAAACAUUAUUUUUUCUGUACU